CACAUUCUGAAAGCAAGAAGCAGAUAUUCCUCACUACUGCUGGGCAUCGCUUGCAACAGUGGGAGUGUCUCCCGUCCAUAUCUCGGGACUCUGCAUUCUAACGUUACUGUGAUCAGCUAGAAGUGCUGAGGUCCCAGCCAAGGUGUUCUUCCCUCGCUUCCCGCUUGUAAGUUCUCCAGCAGCAAGACGCCAAAGGAUCACCUUACUAUUAUAAGGCUCACCGGGAUGGACAUAUGGUUUGGAUUUCUGAAGGAUUCUCCCCCCUCUGACUAACAUGGAUGUCCCACCAUUCCUUGCAGUUGAAGGUUGCUCCUUGGCGCAGUGAAUGAAGAACAUGCAGGGAUUGCUAAUGGGUUUGGGAAGCGGAUCCUCCUCGCUCAUGUCUCUGUGACCAUGCCGUGAUCGUUUCUGAGGGCCAUCAGUCUACGUCUUUUCAUUCUUACCCUACCGGGAAACCUGACGCUGUAUAGUGGGAAGGAAACGUGCGGAUGUACACUGGAACCAUGGAGAUUAUUUCCCCCUUUCUAACUCAUUCAUUCUUCAGGUGCACCCUAAGAUUCAUCGCUUGCUUGUUUUGGAUUGGGUAUACUCAAGGGACGACACAUGUUUUACGAUUUGGUGGGAUUUUUGAAUAUGUUGAGUCCGGACCAUUUGGAGCAGAAGAACUAGCCUUCAGAUUUGCAGUGAAUACAAUUAACAGAAACAGAACAUUACUUCCAAACACAACUUUAACAUAUGACACUCAAAAAAUAAACCUCUACGACAGCUUUGAAGCCUCCAGAAAAGCUUGUGAACAGUUGUCUCUGGGAGUCGCUGCUAUUUUUGGUCCUUCACACAGUUCUUCAGCAAAUGCAGUGCAGUCUAUAUGUAAUGCACUUGGGGUUCCACAUAUCCAAACUCGCUGGAAGCACCAAGUGUCUGAUAACAGGGAUUCAUUCUAUGUCAGCUUGUAUCCAGACUUUUCAUCACUCAGUCGAGCAAUCCUUGAUUUGGUGCAGUUUUUCAAAUGGAAAACAGUUACUAUCGCUUAUGAUGACAGUACGGGUCUUAUCCGAUUGCAAGAACUAAUUAAAGCUCCAUCUCGCUACAACUUAAGACUCAAAAUCCGCCAGUUACCCAUUGACACAAAGGAUGCCAAACCACUGCUAAAAGAGAUGAAGAGAGGCAAGGAGUUCCAUGUCAUCUUUGACUGUAGCCAUGACAUGGCAGCAGGCAUACUCAAACAGGCAUUGGCAAUGGGGAUGAUGACAGAAUAUUACCACUAUAUUUUUACUACUCUGGAUCUGUUUGCAUUGGAUGUGGAACCAUAUAGGUAUAGUGGUGUUAACAUGACUGGAUUUCGGAUCUUGAAUAUAGAAAACAGCCAGGUUUUAUCUAUUAUUGAAAAAUGGUCUAUGGAAAGAUUACAAGCACCCCCCAAACCCGACUCAGGAUUAUUGGAUGGGUUUAUGACAACUGAUGCAGCACUGAUGUAUGAUGCAGUCCAUGUUGUUUCAGUAGCUAUACAACAAUUUCCACAAAUGACAGUCAGUUCCUUACAAUGUAACCGGCAUAAACCUUGGAGAUUUGGUGCUCGAUUUAUCAGUCUCAUUAAAGAGGCUCACUGGGAAGGCCUAACAGGCAGGAUAACUUUCAACAAAACCAAUGGCUUACGGACUGACUUUGAUUUAGAUGUGAUCAGUCUCAAGGAAGAAGGCCUCGAAAAGAUUGGAACCUGGGACCCUUCUAGUGGCUUAAACAUGACAGAUAAUCAGAAAGAAAAACCUGCAAAUAUAACAGAUUCUCUAUCUAAUAGGUCUUUAAUAGUUACUACAAUACUGGAGGAACCUUAUGUGAUGUUUAAGAAAUCUGAUAAGCCCCUUUAUGGAAAGGAGCGAUUUGAAGGAUUUUGUAUUGACCUGCUUCAGAAAUUAUCUGAAAUUCUUGGAUUCAAAUAUGAAGUUAGAUUAGUGGAGGAUGGAAAAUAUGGAGUCAAGGAUGAUGCCACUCAACAAUGGAAUGGGAUGGUUCGUGAACUUAUGGACCAUAAAGCUGACCUUGCAGUUGCACCAUUGGCUAUUACAUAUGUUCGAGAGCAGGUCAUCGACUUCACCAAACCAUUUAUGACACUUGGAAUAAGUAUUUUGUACCGGAAGCCUAAUGGUACAAAUCCAGGCGUCUUCUCCUUCCUGAAUCCUCUUUCCCCUGAUAUUUGGAUGUAUAUUCUGCUGGCUUACUUGGGUGUCAGUUGUGUGCUCUUUGUCAUAGCCAGGUUUAGUCCAUAUGAAUGGUAUAAUCCACAUCCAUGCAAUCCUGAUUCAGACGUGGUGGAAAACAAUUUUACCUUGUUAAAUAGUUUCUGGUUUGGCGUUGGAGCUCUCAUGCAGCAAGGUUCUGAACUCAUGCCCAAAGCUCUUUCUACAAGAAUAGUGGGAGGAAUAUGGUGGUUUUUUACACUUAUCAUCAUUUCCUCAUAUACUGCCAACUUAGCUGCCUUUCUCACAGUUGAACGUAUGGAAUCUCCUAUUGACUCUGCUGAUGAUUUAGCCAAACAGACCAAAAUUGAAUAUGGAGCAGUUCAAGAUGGUGCCACAAUGACAUUUUUCAAGAAAUCCAAAAUCCCUACCUAUGAAAAGAUGUGGGCCUUUAUGAAUAGCAGGAGCCAGUCUGUGCUUGUCAAAAAUAAUGAAGAAGGUAUCCAGCGAGUGCUCACCUCUGAUUAUGCCUUUCUAAUGGAGUCAACAACCAUUGAAUUUGUCACACAGCGCAACUGUAACCUGACACAGAUUGGAGGCCUUAUAGAUUCUAAAGGUUAUGGAGUUGGAACUCCCAUGGGUUCUCCAUACAGAGAUAAAAUAACCAUAGCCAUUCUUCAGCUUCAAGAAGAAGGAAUUCUCCAUAUGAUGAAAGAAAAAUGGUGGAGAGGCAAUGGGUGCCCGGAAGAGGAGAGUAAAGAAGCUAGUGCUCUAGGAGUACAAAAUAUAGGUGGAAUUUUUAUUGUUUUAGCUGCUGGACUGGUCCUUUCUGUUUUUGUUGCUGUUGGAGAAUUCUUGUACAAGUCAAAAAAAAAUGCUCAACUAGAAAAGAGAUCCUUCUGUAGUGCCAUGGUAGAAGAAUUAAGGAUGUCACUAAAGUGUCAACGACGACUGAAACAUAAACCACAGCCUCCUGUAAUAGUGAAAACAGAGGAAGUAAUCAACAUGCAUACAUUUAAUGACAGAAGAUUGCCAGGAAAAGAAACAAUGGCUUAAAGCUGGGUGUCAGGCAUCCCCAAGCACAAACUGUCAGCUUUUUGUUUUCUUUUUCCAAACAACUCUGCGAGAAUGUUUCCUGUGGAAAUAUGCAACCUGUGCAAAAUAAAAAUGAGUUACCUCAUGUCGCUGUGUCUAUGAACUUGAGACUUAUUAAUCUGAUCCUUCGGUCAGACUAGAACUGCAAGAGUCAUGGAUAAAGAACUUCUGCGGAGGUUGAACUUUUUUUUCAAGGGGUCCACCAUUCUUCUGAAUGUAAACGUGUACGUUUUGUGGUUGCUUUAAAAAUACAGUCCCAAACAAGAAACCAAUAAGAGGUCACUUUUACUUGUUUCAAAGAAAAAAAAACAAAAAACAAAAACAAAUGCCAGAUUAACCAAUGAAGAAAGAUAUUAAAUAUAAACUUUAUCAAAAUGACUGUAUGUUCUUUGCACUUAUAUAGCAAAGAUGGGAGACAAUUAGACAAAUUAUUAUUAAAUGCCCAAAUGAAAAUGUUAGAAUACAUUCAUAUGCUGAUGAGGCAACAUGAGAUCACUAAAAGAAGGCAUUAUAAUCCAUCAAUUGACAUGAUUAUACAAACAAAUACAGUAUGAUAAGAUUCUUAUCUGAUUUUGUGGACUCUGUGUUUCACUGUCGUAAAUAAAACAAAAUGUCAGUAAACAAGGCAAUAAUUGUAUCGUUCAAUUCAACCAGAUUACAGCAUUUCUGUGUGAGAAUGUUAGAUUGACUCAGUUUAUGCUGACAAGUAGUUAUUAUGGAGUAUAGAAGAAUGUAUCUAAUUGUAUAUUGCAGAGAGUGAAAUUGUGGAUGUGACGAAGAGGAUCCAUUGUAGACAAUAUGGAUUUUUUUUUUAAAAAUGUGUCACUGUUAACCGUUUGAACCCCACUGAGCCUCUGCAGUGUCCUCCAGCUGUGGAAAUGCACGGGCCUCUUAGAAGAACUUUCCACAGGGAGCUUUAAAUGGACUGCAUUCAUCAAUACAGUCAGUGUUUAAUGAACAAAAUCCUCGAGCAAUUUUUAUUUAAAAAUGUUCAGGUUUAUUUGUGGAAAUGCAAGAUUUCUAUAAAAAUAGUUUUUGUAUGGAGAUUUUUGUAAUACUUUUUAUCAACAAAAUCCAAACAUACGUUAUUUCUGUCAGGGGUGUGAUGCCAAGCAUGAACGGUAGUGUGUGUGAGCACCACCAACGUUUGGUGAGAUUAUUUUUAUCAAAUUCAAGUUCAGUAUAAAACAAAGAGAAUUAUUUUCAAGUCCAGUAUUGCUAGUUGCACUACCAACACUGCUUCCCAUGCUACACCCCUGAUUUCACUAAGCUAAGACCAUACUGUAAUGAACAAUUGUGUGUAAAUGGUAAAAUACACAGUCUUCUUGACCACAUUGUGAUAACAGUUGAAGUGCACACAGUUUCCUGUUUGAAUUCAAUGCACAAAAUAAACAUCAGCAAAAACAAA